CUUCAUCUAUGCACUUUUGCAUGAUAUUAAAGCUGUCUGCCCUGUCCCUGACUCUACAUGGUAAAUUCUUGUUGCGCGACGUUUUGUCUUGUAAUAAGUUCUUGCAGCGAAAAUUUGUAUUGCAAUUACUACUAUCGCGCUGACGGCGCUACAUCAACUUUUGCAACCUCGGGUCGUCUCGAUCAGCGGCAGUGGGAGCUACGACGGUGCGCAAAAGUCCUUGUAUCUUCGCGCUCUUACGUAGUACUUCAACUUCUUACUUCAUCGAUGCAUUACAAUUAUGCAGGAUGAAGCUGUCUUCUCGUUCUCUGUUCCUGACUCUGCAUGGUAAUUUUUUCUUGCGCGACUUCUUGUCUUGUAGUAAGUUGCAGCGAAAAUUAAAAUUUGUAUUGCAAUUACUACUAUCGAGAAGAUGAUGGCGCUAGUACUUUUGCAAUGCAUAGGAACCUCGGGUCGUCUAUCAUGGCGGCCGUGAACGAAUCCCCGGACAAGAAGGGAACCGGCCUCACUUAUCAAGAUGAACUACAAUCCCCCGAUCCCAUAUUCAAAACGCAUACAUACUUCUGUUUCUGGAUUUGUGUACACAAGUCGGCUUUGUGUUGCAUUUGAGGCGACACAAAUCAGCAUCACGAACAACUUUCGCUUUGAGUGUGGGGCCGUGGGGGUAUUUUUGCUCACAAUACCAGCAAGGAGGAGGUCGAGCAGAUGAUCCAGUCGGCGAUGGCGAAAAACGCGGGCGCUACCAAUGCGGGCGGAGUGGUUUUGGUGCAGCAGCCGAACCUGUCUAUCGAGGGGAAAACAGAAAUAAAGCCACGACGUAGUUGUAACAUUUUUAUUGCUCAAAAGAACCAAAAGCAAAACCAGAACCACAACUGGUGGAACGAGGCAUAGACUUGAAUAUACAUAUGGACGGACAGAUUACAAAAACCUGCGCAUGGUUUUGCGCUGUACUUCUGGAAAACGCUAGAAGUAGAUCAAUCCGGAACCUCCAGCAGUUGGUCCUACCGUCGUCGUUUGUUCGCGCGAUUUGCAACACAAAUACCAAGUUGAUCGGUGGAAGGGUCCCGGUUCAGGUAGCGGUAAAACUGGGGCUUCGGGAAUGUUUGCAUUACAAAUAUCCUUUGCAUUCGAACACCAUCGAGCAUAGUGCUACUCAUGAUGGUACCCGUUGAAGCCUUUGACUACUGGGUUUUUCUGCGCAUAGAGCACCAUCGUGCAUGACAUUACUCCCCAGGGUAUGACUGUGAUGAAAAGCACACGACCGCAGUGUCGUCGUGCAUAAGAUGAUGCAGCAUGGUAUGGAAUAUGGUCAUUUGCAUGGAUUUGCCAUGCAAACUUCCCGAAAGCCCCAGUUUUACCAAUCACCCGGUUCCGCGACGGUGCAAACACGGGGGGACGCGACCAAUAGUUGUGGUUUAGAGGAGAACCACAACGAUUCAAAAGCCUGUUGGGAUCGCUGUUCCGCCCCGAUUCCGCUCGGGGAACGGAACUUGAUAAACCAGGAAGCGAAGAUGCGGCGUUUCGAUUUUCGGAGAUGGGCCUGAAGGUAUGAACAACAUAAGACAUUGAUAGGCGAAAGUCGUGAGCAUGUACAUGGUGAUGAUGUCGACUCUGCAGAUCAAGCUUGUUUUUUGGCGUUGUGAUGCUGGCGAGGUUAGUUGCGCAUCGAGUAUCAUCAUUGAACAAAACCAAAAACAAUCAUCAUUAAACAAAACCAAAAUCAAAAACAAAACAAUACAUGUGCGCCCACAAGUGCGGAUCUGGAGCUUUGUCCUCCGGCGACGCAGCAACGUGCUGGCAUUUGGUUUCGGUGCGCGAUGUGGCAGCUGCCGGCACAUUUCUGACGUGUGGGUGGUCGGAGAGCAACCAGUCCUCUCAUCUGUGGCGCCGUUGCCUUCCAAUUCUCACAGCGACUGGAGAGGAUGGCGAAGCAGACCACUAAAGGUUGUCCAUUUUUCUGACUUAUAGUAGCGCCCAGAGUAACAUUAUACUGCGCGGCACAGUAGUCAUUAAAAAGAUGAGCAGAGCAGCGUCGUGCAUAAGAUUAUGCUGCAUGGUACACAGCCUGCCAAAUUUGUGCACCAGACUCGUUAAACUUCUGGCACUGCCGAUGUCGUAAAAAACAGUUCUUGUCGGGUGCUCGUCUCUGGUUGUUGCCAUCUUGUCUGUGCUCCGUCAUCGUUGAGCGAUAAAUCACGCAAAGCCAUCUGAGGGACUUGUGGUCGCUAUCCGGCCAGAAAGAAACGUUGAGAGAAUGGGGCUACUCGUCGCACGUGUUGUGUAGUUUACGGGCCUAGAAUUGCGCCUCGUCUCGCAUCUUCCACUACGCCACUUGUCCUCUAGUUUCACCUCGAUAGCAAAGCUUUUUUUUUUGUUCGCCCAACAAUGCCGCGCGUUAACCUGCACAUACCGGGAAAGGGGACGGUGCCCAAGUUGACCGGGCCAAAAGCCAAGCGCCGCAAUGAGUCCGGCAAGUCCGCGUCGUCGUCCGCUGGUAGUAGCAACUUGUCGGGGAAGUUGAAGUUGGGCGCAAAACAGGGCGACUUCUUCCCCAUCUUUCCCCCUACCGAGUCAGACCCUGAUGCUGAAUUCGACAUCAGCUUCAGGACGGGAAAGGACGAAGACGAGAAGCGGCGGGGCAGUAGCGCUUCGUCCGGGAGCAGUGGCAGCAGUAGUGGCUCCUCAUCUUCCGGUGGAUCAUCAAGUAGCUGCUCCUCAUCCAGCUCUUCGUCAUCCGGUGGGUCGUCGUCGAGUGCAUCGUCGUCAACGGGUACCGGGGCAGCACUGUUGCCUGGGAGAUGUAUGAGUAGUGCAAAAGCAAACCACAUCCAGACGACAACACAAAACCGAUUGUCAUUCAGGCCUGAAAAAAAUUUUAUUUAGGUCCGUUGGCCUAGAUAAAAAAUUUAUCUAGGUCCGUUGGCCUAGAUAAAAUUGUCGUGUGCGUCUAGAUCUGGUUUCGCUUUUUGUUGCACAGUAGUUGCACGCGCCUUUACCUUGAAGCCGGACGAGCCGCCACUAGUCCCAGCCUCGCAGGUCAAAAAAAAUUCGGCGGCGUUGAUGGACAGCAUCACGUCGUUUAUGAAAAACACCACCACUGCGGUUCCGCCGGUAACCACUUCACAGCUGGAAGCUGGGCCAUCAAUACAAUCCUCGUCAGCAGGUGCCUCAUCAUCUGCGUCAUCAUCUUCAGUGGUCGCGCAACCAUCGCCAUUCUCCACGUCUACGUCGUCGACAUCAGCGGCAAGCUCUUCUGAUUCGGUUCGCGAGGAUGUGCAGAGACAAAAAAGAAUCAAGCUCAUCUUCGUCGAAAAGUGUAUUGCAGCAGCCAAAACAUGGCAGGACAUUUACCAACUGCUCGCGUGGGUUUCGAUGCAGUUUGAAGAUGAGGAGGACCUGAAGAGCGACGGCUCCGGGUGGAAGAAAAAAACGCUUCCGACGUUGGAGCAAGUCCAGCGUGCCUGCAAGUUGAAGAUGAAAGUUACCGGCAUCAAAAUCGGGAAGGGUCUAACAGUUGAGCAGCUUCGUGAGUUUGCUGAAAUUUGGCUGCGAGAUCGCUACCAGAAAGCUUUCCGCAAGUACAAGCUGGACGUCGAUUGGUCCGAGGAACAGCAGUUGUCGGAAGAUGAGCAGGAGACGGUGCGGAAGAAGAACAACAUCCGGGAACAGUUUGCGACGAUGGUGAAGUGGAGUGUCUUCGAUUCGUUGAAAGACAACCCGGACAGGCAGUGGCUGUAUCUUCGGCACUGUUUGGGAAUUUCGACUGCAACCUGCACGAAGAAGGUAUCUCUUUGGUUGGGUUUGUUUUGUGUAUGAUAAAAGUUGACACUUCCCGAAGCCGCAGAUUUGCCUGUUUUUUUUCUUGUUGGUUCGAUUUGUUCUCCAAGAUUUUACUCAUCCCACUGCAUUGCUUUCACAUCACAGGUUCAGCUGUUGCAAAUUUUUUUCGGCUCGGAGGAACUGACGCAGCACAGGUCGAGACUGCGACUCCAAAAAGAGGUCAUGCUCGAAGCCGGGGUUGGUCGGAAAGUUUGGAGGGGGGAGGAGCAGGUCUUGACGUCGGUGGACGAAAGCUCCGCACCGAAACGGAGGAAGUUCGUAGAGUUGUCGAACAACAAAUCGUUCGCAGAUCACGAGUUCUUCAAAGCGGAAAACGAUCGACAGGUGAAGCUGCUGAACGACGCCUACCGGAGGGCAGCGGAGCGGGCCGAAGAGUUAGUUCACCGUGUCCGGGAGUACCGAAACGAUGUGGACGCGCAGUGCUUCACAGACAGCGACGUCGCGUCGCUGCAUCGCGCUACUACGACGAUCCAACGCGACGCUUCCGGAAAAGUAGUAGGCGCGGUGGAAGAGAACACGGACGGACUGCAAGUUUCGCGGCGAGGGGUAACAGUCGUCGAUCCGGAGAGGUUGAUAGUCGCAACGGCGACAAUUUACAGACCAGUAAUCGUCGUGCGGUUGGGACCAGAUGGGACGCCAUACAAGCGGGCUUCCAGUCUGAUUAGCAUGGAGGUUGCUUUGAUCCGCGCCAACGGAAAGAUGCGGACGAUCCAGGUCCUGCCAAUAGUUCCAGCGGGGAGGAAACACAAGGCCGGGUGGCAGCAUGUCCUCAACGACAUGUGCGAAAUGAUUCCCAGCGUCCCACUACCCGGCUCGACUACUUUGGAACUCCGCGGCGAUCCGAUCGUGAUUAUGUCGGCUGCAACUGAUUGCGGUAGCGAUCAGCUGAAGGCAAUGAAGAAAGUGCGACGGGGGGCGUACGGCACCUACCGCGAGCGGUACGACCGGCAGCAGGCCAAUCCAAAUAACAUACACGACUUCCAAUUUUUGGAGUACUUCGUCAUCCACUACAUCUGCAUGGGCCACCAGCUGCACCUGCUUCGUGACGAAAUAAAUUCCAUGUUAAACAUCUUCCACCCGGAAAUUAUUGCCGGCAUCAAAGCGGUGCAGAAGGCAGCGAUGUUGUGGCUCCAGGAUCACGUCCCCUCGAUUCCCGAAUUCUACACGGAGCGGUGGAACACGCAGACGCCGACGUUGGAGAAGUUGCUUGCGAAUGAGAAUUAUGUUUUGCAAAAUGCCCGCAGCUGUAUGGUUUCUUUGCAUCUCAAAAAAAAAACGCAUGACAAAUUUCUUUACAUUGGAACAAAGAAAAGCGUUUUGCUUUUCUAAGUUUUCUAUUUCUCUGUACAGCUGCGGAGGUGUUGAUGUGCAUACUUGCAAUGUUCGCGCGUGCUUGGAGUUGUUGAAGCCGGGAGACAGGCAGCAGGACCUCCGUGCCACAGCUAUUACCGCCCGACAGCACGGACUGAAGGACGAGUUCUGGAAAAGUGUGCGAACAAUUUACGAGCAGGCGCAGGAGCUGGACCACGCCUCAAACCGACUGGAGCGGGAUGCUACACUGCUGUGGUCUGAUGCGUCGUUGUCCGAGAUGUCGAAGAAACGGAGUUCCGGACACUACCUGUCGUUUUACAGGGAUUUGCUUCGGAAGUAUUUUGAUGGUCGACACGAGGGCGACAGGCUCGGGCUUCUCAUCAUCAUCAUGAUACUAGUCCGAUUGCCAGACAGGGAAAAGCAAUACUUUGCCUUUCCGUUUUUGAUCCAUGGUCUCCACGGAGAGAAAAAGAGCGUCGCGGCGGCGUUGCUUCUUUCUCUCGACCUAACCAAGUGCGACCUGUUCGUGGGGAUGUUCAUCAAAAAGUACGAGGCGGACUUGGUGCAGAUGCGCGACGGCGGAAAGAUGAGUGACGGGCUCUUCGAAAUUACCGCGCCGCUGAUGAUAGGCAGUCACACCAUGGCGCAGUUCGUCGAAAGUUUGCAAUCCACCUCCGCGAACCAACACCGUGCGGCGCCAAAUCUCGGACACGAAAGAGCAGGAUGGAGAGCCGAAAACUCCCGCGACCGGAUGUUGCCCUGGACGGAAUUUGAACCACUGGAAAACGAGCGGAAGCGCAGCACGGACCUCCGGUUCAAAGAGGGAAGAGCAAUCCGGACAAAGCGGCCCGAACUUUCUCAGGCUUCCCCUUUCGUCCACGAGCUGAUCGUCACCGACGAGGCGCGGGACCACGGUUUAGACAAAAUUAAUCCGGCUCUGGAGAACGCGUUGGAGAUGAACCAGAAGCACAAAAGCUGGAUUGAUAAGUUUCUCGAGGGCCGCACGAUCGGCACAGCAAUUGGCGCGGCCGGCAGGGUGGAAGUUCCAGAAAUCUGCAGGCGAACGCUGGACCUUCCUUGCGUGAUUAAGCAUUUUUCCGGAGCAGCAACAACGCUCGCGAAGGAACUACAGCUCGGCGCAUUACUAACCGCCCAGACCACCAACCCUGGUGACGAACGUGCACAAGCACGGGAGCCCACCUACCUCGUCUUCAACAAGUCAGCCAACAACCGCGCGUGGCUUUUGCUUCUCAAUCCAGAUCCCGACUCCAAGAACAACUCGUUGCUGAAUCCGCAGCAGGAAGACCUCCUCUUUUCCGUUUCCGACGUAAAAGUAAAAACGCUGAGCAAGUGGAUCGACCUGAGCGGAAUAGUUUCCUCCUUACCUUCGGCGGCAAAUCCUCUCGGAGAGUUGAAGCCGAAGAAGGGAAGGCACACGAAGCAGCUCACGUUCCACACUUUACCCCGCGAGUCGUACAGCAUCUUCUGGGACGAGGCGAGAUCAUCUGUGCGGUUCACGGUCUCCACCCGUGAUUGGCGGUCGCAACAGCAUGAGCGGGAGGGGUUUUUCAUUCCGAAGAAGCAACAGGAAUCAAGUGAGGACGUGGCUCUGCAGAAUGUCGUCGCGACGAAAACGCGCACAACCCGGGAGGUGCGGUGGCGGGACACUGUCUCUCAGCAGGUUGUCUGCCCCGAGUUGUUGCAAGAGUCGGAGCUGUCGGUCGUGUGCGUGAUCUACCGACCGGAGCGGUCCUGCUGGCACGCCCACAUUCCAAAAAAUUCGAACCGCGCCGUCGCGGUCCGAAUCGGUCAGAGACAGAGCCCUGUGCAUGACAUCCCGGCGGAGGAGUACGAGAUCCGGGUAAAUUAUCUCAACCAGGAAAAGAGCUUCGUUGAUGUGGAGAAGGAUGGGUGAUGUCCCGUAGUGAAAAUUUUACUUAGGCCGCCGGACCUAAAUAAAAAAUUUAUUUAGAACGCAAUCCCUAAAAAAAACUUUAUUUAGGUCCGCCGGCCUAAGUAAAAUCUUCACUCGGAGCGCCAUGCGCUCUUACUCCACAUCAAUGAAGACGCGUUUUUCUUUCCAUAGUCCGUGCUUCGCCAGAACCACAAAAAAGCGACAGCGCGACGCAACGAGUAUCGCUCUUGCGCGGCACGACCUGAUGAAGGCAGUUGCAAAAUUUUUGAAAGUCGAUGUCGUUCCACCUAGUGAAGAUCUUGAGAAUGCGGCUGCUUUAGCGCUGGAAACAUACAUAGACUCUACUACGAAAUAUGACAAACUGGUCGAGGAUUCUGAUAGUGAUGGCGAUGAGUAGCGACGAGGGUAGGCAUAACGAUGCGCGGGCAUUUUUGUGAAAAAAAAUUAAAUGUGCUCUAUUUUGCUUCGAAAAAAAGUCUCAUUCUGUAUGAUAAAAGCUGUAAGCCUACCUGUAUAAUAGUUUCAGCACUGCUUCUGGUUCGUAGAUUUUUCAGCAUCUGUAGCGCGUAUCUGGUAGCAUUCGGAUCCUGUACACCAAGAAAAAGCACGAGCGUGGGCGUCUCAUUUCCGCGGCGUUUUCCUCGUCGACUUCAGUUCCACGCGAGGUUUCUAGUGGUCUAGUAUGUUCCAAAAAGUGCUCCAAGUGCCUGUCUCCGAACGCAGAGUCUCGAUCUAGAAGACGAAGUAGUCGGGUCGUACAGGGCUCGCCAGAUGGACGUUUGUAGUUCACCGGCGUCAAUUCAUAAGAGAAAAUCCUUCCGAAAUGGUCGCCCCGAAGUCGUCUCAUCUAGAAUCAUUCUAGCCAAAGGUCAUAUUUUUCUCAGAAAUUGAUUACUUUCUAGGAAAGUCGACGACUUUCCUAGAAAAUCCACAGAUUUUGCAGAUUUUCGGAGGUUUGGCUAGAAUGAUUCUAGAUGACCUGACUUUGGACGGACCAAAAAGCUUUCACUUUCUUAGUAAUAUCUCCCUCCAAGACGUCCACGCGAUACCAGUUUCCUUGUAAAUUCAACCGCCUGCAGCUCCUCGCCACAUAAGAAUCCACCACCAAAAUACAACGUUCUCACCGCGUAAAAUAGUAGGACUUGACGCGAAGUGAUAGCGCUAGCGGGUGCGUUUCUUCUGGUCGGCACUCUUACAGUGCUUGUGCUUUUUGAAUUUUUUCUGACUAUCUUCUGUAGUUUUCCUGUGUAAAAAAAGUGCAUUUUCCUUUGUUGUAGGACAAAAAUGCCGCCAACACUACGGGCAGACGCAAUCGCCCAAGAGUUCGACAGAGCUCUAUUGGAUCCGUAUUUGGGACCUGAUGGAUCGACCAAGAUCGCCAACGAGCUGUGCAGCAACACACUGCCGCUUCCGACGUUAAUCGAAUCGCAGAUCGUCGUCCGCCUCUAUUACAUGGGGAACAAGAUCUCUCGCCCGCAGCUGCGGCAGUUUGUCCAGCGGUUCCACGAACGCGGGCAACCCAUUGAACGCCGUAUGUCGGACGAGGAGCUGGACAUGAUAAUUGAAUACUAUCUCAAUAAGCUCCGUUCCCCCGGACAUGUCGGCACCUUACACAACGAAAUGCGGGCGAUGAGAUACGAACAAAAAGAAGGUACUUAUUUUUUUUUGAAUUUGUCAUGCACGAGGCGACUUCUAUCAUCAUGCAAAGACUUUUGCUUUUAAUUUCUUAUGCAAAUUCUUUCAUCAUGCAAAAACUGCUGCUCAUCGUUUUAGCAUCAAAAUCAGCGAUCACGGUGAUCCGGAAGAUGCUACCCGAUCCGGCUCUCCUGUGUCUCAUCGGCAACCAUUCCCAGCACGCAGCAAAACGAUUUCGAAAGGAAAACCCGGCCGGAUACGCGGCGCUCAACCUCCAGUGCCGAUCAUUCAUAAGCAUGACGAUGUUGCUGACACCAAGAGCGCAUGCGUUUUUUGAAUAUGAGAUUCUGUGCGUGGACAUCUCGUUUUUCUAUAGCAAACAAACUUACCGAAAACAGGUUGACGGUGCUAAGCGACAAAAUCGAAGAGUGUGAGGAACUGGUAAGCGUGGUGAUCAGAUCCUCGAACGAAACAGGAAAGCAACUUGCGGCGACCUGGAUCGAGCGCGUGACCACAAUCUUCCCGGAGGUACUUUGCUUCUUUUCCUAGUCGAGUGCAAGCAUUCCCUUCAAAACCAGCGCCAGUACUUUUUUUGUCGUUUUUAUUUAGAACAGCAAUUCCUGAAAAAAAUUUUAUUUGGGUCCGGCGGCCUAAGUAAAAUCUCCACUCGGAGUUCUAGCGUCUUGCACUAAAAGCCCACAACGCGCGCGGCUUCUCUUUGCCACCCGAAGUCGGCAUUGAUGUAGCGGGCCAGCACCUCGGCGGAGGUGUGUCCUGUGAUUGCCUGGAUGGUCGAAAUCGCAACGCCCUUCCGCCAUAAGUGGCUUGCCAGGGAACGUCGGGGGGUGUGACUGGUGAUCAAUGUCGCCGGGCAGCUAUUCGGGGAGAGCGGUCGGAAGUUAGCCCGGACAGCUCUGAUUUUUUUUUCGAACGCUUCAUAGCCGAACUGAAAAAUGCGAUCAUUCGGAAGAAGGUACUUCCGACAUUCGUCAAGAGUUUUCUUGAUGAAGUCCGCAGUUUUUGGCUCCGGGGAGAUCGGCACCUGUUUGAUCUGCCCGCGGCCCCCUGCCUCUUUGGCGCACUUGCUGUUCCCAACGCGUACAUAGGUGGCCGUUACGUCGCUUAGCUCCAGAAGCCGGAUGUCGGCGCCUCUUCUGCCCGUUAGCACUUGUAAUGACGAGCAAAGCUCGUACAGUUGCCCCGCCCAUUUUUUUCGGCCGGUUGAUUUUCCGAGGGCGGUGCCAAAUCUCUUGCAAUCAGGAAUCUCCAAUGAUCCAGACCGCUCCGCCCCAUCCCCCGCGCCAAUCUCUUCGAUUUCAGGCGGGGGCGUUUUGCUUUGCAUCGCCUUAGCUUUCUGCUGUUUUUUGGUCUUCCUUACUCCGCCCCCCCUUCUAUCUGUUGUCGCGUUCACACUGCCGCCCAUGUUGUUUCAUUGCCUUGGUGAAGAGAGAGAUGCUAUUUUUCUGACUAGGUGAUAGAGUUACUUUCAGAAAAUCAGGGGCGCGCUUUUGUUUUCGAUAAAGUUGUGCUGCAUGACAGCAGCUCAUCGAAACCCUGUCAACCAUCAAUGAAAUUUUGAAAAAAAAAAAUCAGUUAAAGGCGAACUAUGCGGAGCACAAGAAAACAACUGAGCCUGCGGAACGCAUGACCGAAUACGCAUGCAACAAGGUGCGUCAUGAUUAUUUUUGUUUCUUCAAUGAUCGAGAGCAGGCAUGAUUUUUCUCGUUUGCCCCAUGAAGAUGAAGCUCAUUUUGAUAAAGCGACCCGUCGGAGAUUUUCAAACUUGCAUUUGUGACGUCGGCCGUAUUUCGAGCUUGAUAAUUCGGAUUAUUUCGAUUAGAUUUUAUCAUGGGCACAGUCAAGCCUAAGACUUUAAUUGGCAAUCAGAUGCACUGCCAAUCCACGGCAAACCCCUCGGAGCCGGGCCUUUGCGCGCAGAUCUACAGAGACUUCUCGAUGAAUGACCCCAACGCGAAGCUGUGGACCAACGACAUCCGGCCCCGGAUCACGAAAGCAAACGAUGCCAAAGUGACCGGAUGGACAAAAUCAACGGUCUUCCCCACUAAGAUCAAGAACCUGCCGACUUGCACCAAAAUCUGCACCUUGCGGGUCCGAAAAUUAAUUUUCUUUCUUUUCGUUUUGUGAUGGAUGGAGUGAAGGAGUGUGCUGAGAACUUCCCAUGCUAAAAUUAUUUUUUCGUGGCAAGCUUUUCGGUAAAAAAAAACUUUCUACAUUCAGGUGUAUUACUGGCUGUACACGGGAAAGGAUGGCCUGACUUCCAUAAAGCCGGACGUGUUGAAGACGAUCAAGGAGCUGAUGCGAAAGAUGGUCCAGCCGGGCUCCUCUCCCGAGGACAAGAGAAGCCAGCAGCUGGUUUACGGAGUUCGGCAAAUGGUGCACAACUGCCUGAAAGACACGAAAUUUCCGGCCGGAGCCAGUGGCUGCCUGUGGAGCGUAUUUAUUUGCUUAGCUUGUCUGUGUCUUCUGUUUUGGAGUUUGUCAUGCGCGUGAGCAUUCGGGGUUGUUGUCUGUCAUGCAUAUUAAAUUUCUCAUGCGAGUGAGUCCUUGCCUUUGUAUCAUGAAAAUAAAAUCAAACCAAAUCACUACAGGAAAUCCAGGGACCGAGUUCCAUCGUGACGGCAACGACUCCGCUGGAACUGGGGCUUCCGGGAACUUGCUGCGAUGCCAUCGAGUGGUGCUUCGCCAAAGAUGAGCUGGUGAAAAAGAACAAGAUCCAGUCCAAGUUGAACCACCUGUCACGAACAACGGAACUGUGGUCGGGCAUGAGUAACAUGAUCACGCGCGGCAGUUUUACCGUGGUCCGGCGAACGGGAAGAGUUCCCCCAACCUCCGGCGGUUUCAAAAAAUUCACCCACGUCCUCGUGAGUCUCGAACAAGACGUGGACACGUUCGAGGCGGGAACCGAGGUCCCCGGAAUCGUCCUGGAAGCGGUGAAAAGUCCGGAGCUGAAAGUUAUUGCCGAGCAGAAGAAGACCGAGGUGGAAGCGUACAACACCGAGGCGCGGGAACUCCAGGACGACUGGAAGGAGCGCCGCAAAAAGUACAACGACUGGAAAAAGGGAAAGGACAAAUUGGAAAAGAAAACCGCAAAAGCGGCUCUGAAGAACGAAUUCAUCGACCAGGCGGAAUCGCAGAGCGAGAUGGUGGAAAAGCCGCAAAGCGAAGAGGAGAUGAAGAAAAUUUUAGCGAAGCUGCACCAGGACCACACGAUUGCGCAGGGCGCGCUACUCUCCCGGGAAACGGAGAUUGAAAACGACCAAUAUUACAAAAACCGGCUCACCGCUAAGAUCAAUUACACCGUACAGAGUCAUAGGCUUUUUUUGCAAACUCUGACGUGGAAGCAUAGAAAAGCUUUGAUUUGGAAAAUAUAUUUUCAGACUUUUUGUGGUAUGGAAGAAAGGCCUUCUCCUUUGAUUUGGGUACACAAAUAAAACCACGCUCACACUCCAGACGGUGCCCGACAAUAUGCGGAUUAAUACGUCGUGCUACGCGCAGCAGUACGACUUUCCCCCGAAGACUGGCACGAAAGCGAGCUUCUACAGCAAGAAGACCUGCACAGAUGAGAAGCUGGAAUGGGCGAUGAGAACGCCAAUCGUGCUCCCCUACGAAAUUGAAAUCCCGGAGGCCCACCCGUGGCAACUGUACAGAGAACUUCUGUCCGACCUCUGCCUGGAGUUUCGUCCGACUACGGUGGAACCGUUUUCCGAAAUCAAAUUUCGCGAGCAGACGAUUGUAUUACUUCUUUGCGAUUUUUAAACUUACUCCCGGUCUUUAGAAUUUUUUUGCAUCACAAAUGAUUUCGCGUCACAGCUUCGCUUGCGUCACAAAUUCAAAAAAGCACACUUGUGAUUUUCAUAAUUUCCAAUCAGCGCCUCAUCUUCAACUCACAGGUGAUUGAAGACAUGCCCUACCUGUUUGACGACAAUGGGGAACCCCUUGCGUCUCCGCGGGAGGAGAAGGCCGGCGCGAACUUGGGUCUGGAAAAGAUCGACGACAUCCGCGAGAAGCAGGAGGGCAGCGGGACCAUCCGCAUCAGAACUCUGAUGCCCAUCGGCAUCAAAAAGGUUUCCAAGGACGAAGAAGCGAUCACGGAGCUGGAGGUGGGAGCAAAAAAAACCAAGCAGAAGCUCUUCGAUAAUGACUUCGAAAAAAUGAAGGCCGAGCUGCAGAUGAAGUACGAGGCGCAGAUGGAGCAGAUGAAAAAAGAGAUGGAGGAAAAGUUGAAGGGAAACAACAAAGCCACUGCCUCCACUUCGAACACCGACAACGAAAACGACUCCUCCGUCAACACCAAUGCCGGCAGUCGGGGCAAAAAGAAAGUGCUCCAGCGGCACGACGCAAUCACUAGUGAAAGCGAGUUGGACGAGGAAAACUUGACGUCCACCUACAACAUCCCCACCAAAAACAAGCGAAGGUCCCAGGAGGUGGACCUCAUCGGCGAGCAGAACUUCAUCCCCCCGAAGCGCAAGUCCGUGGCUAGCGGAAGCAGGGAUAGCAGCCCGGAGGCCAGGAGCGAUACGGUCCAGGAGAAGGCGAAGUCGAAGGGAAAGGCAAAGGCCAAAGGGAAGGCCUAGCUGCUUUUGAUCUUCAUCGGAUACAGGGACGCGCUCUCUGAUGUAACUAUAGACAAGCUUACUCGUGCUCUGCUUCCUCCGAUCGGUUGAGUUUGUCUCUAUACAAUGGCCAAGCCUGGAACAACAGAAAAAAAAGCACAAUCGGUUUUAUACACGCGGCCAACCAUUAGAAAUUUUAAAAUCUUUGUUUGUCGUGCUUUGUGGUUCUAGCAAGUCGAGUUUUUAGCUGCGGCCAAUUUCUUAUCUGGAUAAAAAUUAGAAAUACAAACUUGAUUCGAAACGACUUACACGAAUCAACACUACGUAAAGACAAUUCGCCUUCACUUUCCGUUUCUUCGUCUUCGGUCCUACUAGCAUGACCAUGACCAGUGCGAGCGAUAAACCAAAGCACUCAACGAGGUAGCUCUGACGCGUUCGCGGGCAGCAGUCCGCCUGAGUGACAAGCUCGCAGUCGCACUAUUUCGAUUACAAGAGAUUCACAAGUAGCCUUGCUUCCCUUUUGUUGUUGUUUUGUUUUCCUAGAAAUUAAAAGCUGACUUCGCAGCGAAGUGAUCCGAAUGUUUAAUAGAAGUGCUGCUGAUGCGAUUGCAAAUCGAAUCCAAGAUACAGCAUUCUUGAGCCAUGUCGUUAAUGUUUCGCUUUACCCACCCAAUCGGUAUUGAUCUAUCUUUGCGGGAAUGCCUCGUCGCGUCGUCGUGUGUCGAUCUCGAUGAUUAGCAUCACAAAUUUACGCACCAGCUCUUGUUAGAUUUGUUGCCUCAACCACCUACGGCUAAUAUUGAAGUAUAUGGCUUUACUCAUUCGCAGUUUCUAGCGAAUCAGCCUUGAAUACAACGAAAGUUACAAACUGCUUGGCACCUGUAGACCUCUUGAUAUGUAGAGACAGACCCGCCAUGUCAAAGUCGUUUUGUUUGUAUCUCUCAUGGGGAAGACACGCCCCAAAAUUCGUGUGCCGUGUUCUGGCUUCUCUUCCAGCGAGGUCGAAGUUGUUCAGUGUGCAGCCUUGUUGCAGUGUCAUUCCGCUGGCAGAUGCGCGUGCUGCUUCGUGCCUCAAAAUCGUCACCGUCGUCUGCCUCGUCGUCAUCAUCGUGUCAGCAUCUCGGUGUGCUCGUCGGCGUCCGCGUUGUCGUCUCUUUGCUGCCCGUCCACUCGGUGUCGUUCAGUUUCGUCCACGUCCGAAUACGUGUCGUUUUUCAUGAAAAAGUAUCCACAAACCCUCGAAAAAUGGCGUCUGAAAAGUUGUGGCUCUCCUCUAAACCACAACUAUUGGUCGCGUCCCCCCGUGUUUGCACCGUCGCGGAACCGGGUGAUUGGUAAAACUGGGGCUUUCGGGAAGUUUGCAUGACAAAUCCAUGCAAAAAGUCGCUGUCGCAUCACAAAUUCCGCCAUUUUGUAUACUAUGCAGAGUAAUCUUAUCCACGGUGGCACUGCGGUGGUGCGGUUCCAAAUAGUCUGAUGCCAUGCAGCAUAAUUUUCCUCACGAUGUGAAUAUGUCAUGCCAAAAAGAAGCUCAUCUGUCGCAUCAUCUUGAGCUUUCUGCCUUCGAUGGAGUUCAAAUAUUGUAAUGCAAACAUUCCCGGAGCCCCAUUUUUACCGCUACCUGAACCGGUACCAUCCACCGAUCAACUUGGUAUUUGUGUUGCCAAUCACCAUGAUGAACAGCAACAAGGGGACCACCGUUGAGCGGAACCGGAUUGAUCUACUUCUAGCGUUUUCUAGAAGUACAGCGCAAAACCAUGCGCAGGUUUUUGUAAUCUGUCCGUCCAUAAAUAUACAUCCUGAACGUCAUAAAUAAGAGCAGCUGCUAGUGCUAGUGCAGUAAAUGACGAUGAUCUUCAGGAUGCUGAAGUAGAUGGUCGUGAUGCUCUUGAUUUGCAAGAAUUCUAUGCAUGGCAAUUUGUUUCGUCAGCAUGAAGAUUCGGGUCGCGUUUUAAUACACGUUCUGGGUUCUUGUUGAUUCAGGGUUUUGCCCUCAAUAGAGUGAGCCAGUGAGAUGGGGAUCGUUAGUGGCGAAAACGGUACAGGAGGAAGAGGAGGAAAAGGCACUAUGUCGGCGGGGAAAAAAUGAGAAACGCUAGUACUUUACCACGGAAACAUUUCUAUAUUCAUCUUCAGCUCACAGGUACUUUGUUCAUCAGUCAACGCGAAUGAGAAGUACAAAUACUUAAAACUCAAACACCAGCUUCUACGGCGCUGGCACCCGUCGUGAUUCAAAUCUUACUUUUAUUCACGUGUGUCUUUGUUGACGCGUGUGCCUCGGCGAAGAUCCCUGUUGCAGAUUUUGCUUCCUACGUAGGGGAGGACUCUAGGAGAGAUUGGUACGUGAGGACGAGGGCGUGGCACAUUGAUGCCACGAUGCAGCACUGGUUUUUUCCGUCCUGGUCCUCGGCCACUUCUGAUGAGCGUGUUGCUGCGGUGUUUGACAAGUUGCUGAAGAAGCACGGAAUUACGGAACAGGAGUACGACGCUUCGUAUGGUGAUCGGCCGCGGGUGGCGAAGAAGCGAGCGGUCUUGAAGGCCACUCGCAGUCUGGUUGACUUGCGGGCGCGGCAGGUUGCUCUCGAUGGGUCGAUCACGGAUAACCAAACGCGUGAGCUUGUUGAGUCUUCCGCUGGCGUCUACAGUACUGCAAGAGACGAUGCUGGAGCUGUACACUGCGAGGAGUGCGGCUGCGAUCUGAAGGGGAGUAGACGAGCGCUCCGCGCGCAUUUACGAUUGCACCAGCAGGGCGAGUUUGUGCGUCUCGUCAAGGAGCAGGACGGGACGUGCAUGCCGGUCGAGGAAUUUGUCUACGGCCGAUCGGGGCAAUCCAUCAUACCGCCGACGUACAAGCAGUCCGCGCGGCUCGUUUUGCCGCCUCGACGUUUUCUUGCCGACGGGGCCGAAAAGUGGACCACUAGACAACUUACCUGCCCAUGCUGCUCAGUCCACGCCAUCGACUGGCCCAGAUCCUACCAGAAGAAGGUCGGCGCUGCGAGUCGUAUAAAAACGCACGAGCGGAAAUGUGCAAACUCCAAGAAGCUCGACCUCGCGGCUGGCCUCGAUCCUAUUCCGGAGUGUGCCGAUCUUGAAGUCGAUUGAUGUGCGACAUUUCGAUGACAAAUGACAAAUAGAGUUGCUAUUCGAUCUCGACCACAGCAUUCUGCACUACCCCCACUUCGAAUGCUGCGCUAAACGAUAACGAAGACAAGUCCCAAAACCCCUAGCAGCCCUCCCCUAUGCUAGCAAGAUGAUGAUGAUGAUUCAAAAAGUGGACCUCAAAUCCAACGCGUUUUCAUCACUUUCAGUCCAGAUAAUUGCAAAGAAACUUUUAAGUCUUAUCCGGGAUGUUGUUUUAUUACUUUCAAUUUUUUCUUGUCUCAGAAUAUGUUGCAAAACGGAAAGGUAUCAUGACCACACUGCCAGUGAGGCCAUCUUCCCAAAAUCUUCCGGUAUUUGAAGUAAAAAAAAAAGAGAAAAUUCAAAACGGAGACCAGUAGUAACACGAAAUUAAAACUUGAAAAAGGAGACCACCUACCUACCAGAGUCAGACACACACGCUUCUUGUAUGAGAUUAAGAAAAUAAGUAGAAAGAAACGCCGCAAAACCUACCUCCAUAUGUACAGCCGAGGUGAGAAAAGUAGUUGCGAGAAAAUUUCAAAGUAUAUCACGACACAGGAUGAAGUACACAAUUGCACACCAUAGUACAGCAUGCACAUACGAGUCGCUCUCGAUAUAGACUUAGCUCAGCGUCUGUCCGCCGCGCACGACGCAGAAUGUUGCGAACACGCUCUGGUAAGUGAUUGUUGGGUAGUCUGUGCCGUCG